AGUGACUGGAAGAUGGAUACAUGUCAUCUGACAUACAGCAACGUUUGUCUUCAUAUUACAUCUCUAAUCUACAGGCAAAGUGACUGGAAGAUGGAUACAUGUCAUCUGACAUACAGCAACGUUUGUCUUCAUAUUACAUCUCUAAUCUACAGGCAAAGUGGCUGGAAGAUGGAUACAUGUCAUCUGACAUACAGCAACGUUUGUCUUCAAAUUUAAAAAUCCCUCCUUACCACAUGAAUGUUUUAAUGCAAACUUAACCCAGUUAUUGUACUUGCUUAAAUUAUAGUUAGUCUUUAAGUCUUUAAGAGAAUGAAAUUCCACCUCAGAUGUAACGACAACAAAUAAGAAUGGGAAGAGGUGCCAUGCAGCAUUAUGGACAAUAUCCCCAGCAGUGAGAUUUUAAUGAAUACAUGUCUAUAAAAGGAACACAUCUGCCAAGAUAAACAUGAAACUCCAAACAAUCGUUUACUCCAUAGUUUAUUGUCAUUGAGGCAUGAAUCCUUACCCAUUACACCAAUUUCCCUUUUGCGUAAUGGAUAUUUUGGGUUUUUUGUGAAUUUCAGGAAGACGCAACGUGCAAGCUGUUUGCUCAGAUAGUUCAAUGGGCCAUUAAUCAUGAAUAAGGGCAGGACUUAAGGUAGACAACACAUGUUACAACAAUAGACCAUCCAAAGUGUGAGGUGAACAGGCAGUGGUGACGGAAAGCAGAGGAGUGGCUAGAAAUUCUUGGUCCCCUGACAAAAUGUGACCUUGGGCCCUGUUGAAGCCGAUAAUGUAACAAUGGCCAAUAAUGUAAUAGUUUUUCCAUUUUUAACGUAAUAAAAGUUUAUAAUGUAAUAACUGGUCAAUAAUGUAAUACCUUUUCUGAAUUGUUAAUGUAAGUUAUUACAUUAAGAACAGAGAAAUGUAUUACAUUAUUGGCAUGUUAUUACGUUAUUGGUACGUAUUACGUACAUUAUUGGCUGUUACAGGGCCCCCCACUAGGAUUGGCACUUUCAAUUUUGGAUCCCCCCAGUAGAUUUAGCCAAAUAGGGGCAGUUUAACGUUAAACGCAAAUUUCACUAGUAAAUUUCACUUACUAACUAAACUCUGCUAGAGGUAAGACGUGUGUUAGAAGCAAUCCGUGAAUAUUUUUUAAUAUUUUAAUGCACUUUCAUGCACUUUUCAGUAUUAUUGACCCAUUUUUAAGUUUCAUUGACAUGUUUUUAAUACAAGUACUAUUUCAUCACACGAUAGGUACAAUACUCAUAUCAAAUAAAAAUACUUUUUGAUGACAUUUUGGUGGUUUAUUUUGAAUUGCUUUAAAGUAGUAAAACACACUGCAUCUUUAAGAUUGCGAUCAUAAAUACACAUGAUAAACUAACAUGCAGAGCGGCUUAUUCCACUCCCCCCGCUCUGUACUUGAUAUGUAUUUGUCAAUAAUGUAUAUUUGUUUGUUUGUUUUUACUUGUUUGUUCUGGGUCAGAUGAGGGAUCUGCAUGAUUGCUCCAAAGAAACUGAAAAUGGAAGGGGGUGUUUGUAUUGUUUUAUAGUGCUGUUUUCUGUCUCUUCGGAUAGAAGUGAUUUCACGCUGCUUUUCAACCUGUUAUUCUUUGCAUUGCUAGUAGGCUACUGUGAUAUGUAAAUGAAAAUACGAAUUUGAUAAUACGGAAAAGUUUGUAUCUAGAUCGGGAUGAUCUAACCCAAUGUUGCUUUGAAAAACCGGCACAAAAGUAAAAUGGAUUACCCAGUCCUGCAUAGCAAAUUUCCAAAUCAAGAUCAUUCUGAUCCAGAUUAAACCUUUUGAACGACUAACCAAGAAAAAUGGUUGGAAGAUCGAUGAUUAUUACGAAAAUGGAUAUCUGUGCUUACUUGGUUGUGCCUAGUCUGCAAUCGAUUGACAGGCGAUCGACUGUGAGACCUUAGAGAUUUACAAAAUCCGACGGAAAUAAUGUGGCUUAAUGGCGUGUUGAAUUCACAGAUGGUGUGGGCCGCUGCACGCGGGCCAGGACCGUAGUCAUCCAGGGUACCGGCACACCCAGAGCAAGUCUGCGGGUGCACCGGCUGCGAGAUGGGCCUCUUGUACUGCGUCUUCUGCGCCAUUGGAAAGAGUAUAGACAUUUUAUGCUUCUUGCUGGAUUUGAACUUCUGGAUGGUCCACUCGCUCAUCCGGCUGCUGGUGACUGUGCUGUCCUUCGUGAAGGACUUGCCAGCAGUGCUGAGAGGCGCGCUGGCAGAGUGCUGGAGCACGGCCCUCCUGUGUGCUCUCAGCAUGGUUGACGGGCUGUCGCAGGGCGUCAGGAUGGCAGGACACUUUCUGGAGCACAGUGUGCUGCGGGUGAAAGAGCUGCUGCAGCGAGCCACACUCUCUGGCCACUCAGCGGUGCAGCAGGUUUGUGAGGCCUGCGGAGUUGUGCAUGGUCUACUUCUCUAUGUGCUCAACAGCGCCUCCACUGGGUUGACGUUAGGGGCACAGAGUGUCUGCUCUGCAGCUGUGGGCCUGUGGGAUGUGGUAGGGGGGGCCCUGCUUCGAGCCGUUGAACUGACCGUGGCACUGCCAGCUGUGAUUUGGAGUGGCCUCGCCGGUACUGCUGCCCUGCUGUGGACACUCUGUUGCUUUGUUCUGGAGUUCCUGGGUUCACUGAGCCGUGUCUUCGUCAGCGUCUUCCUGCUGGAUCUCUGCGGCCUGGUGCUCGCUGUAAUCGUGGUGGGUGUCGCGGUUCUCUACCUUAGCCCCAGCCUCGCUCGCCGCAUUCUGUGGGAUGGCGGCGCCUCCCCCAUCAUGGGGCGCCUGCGAGGGGUGCUGCGGCGCUUGCGUUUGCUGGCGCUGGAGAGCACACAGGUGGUCAUGGAGUUGCAGACGCGGCUUCGUGCGGCAUGGGGUGGGAGCUAUGUCCAGAGGAGGGGGGUGGGGAGCCUUGACACUUCUCGCCGUCAGGUGACAACCAGUGAUAGAACCCCGGGUGGCCUGGCGACACGGCGCAGCUCCACACUGGGCAUGGCUGUCCCAUGCUCCAGCAUGGAGGGGCCCCUGCAAAGACUCUCAGAAGAGGACCCCCCUGCUGACAGCCUGCUGGGCCUCCUGAAGGAGCAGGAGGACAGGAAGCGCUGCGUCAUCUGCCAGGACAGCGCCAAGAGUGUGCUGCUUCUGCCUUGCCGUCACCUGUGUCUUUGCCGCGGCUGCACUCAGCUGCUACUGCGCCUCCCUGUGCACCAGCACAACUGCCCCCUGUGCCGCCACAUGAUCCUGCAGACCAUGGAUGUCUAUCUCUGAGGAGGGCAACUUCCACACGCACGAGGCUCGCUCGUACAGCUGCUUCCUCUUCCAGGAUCUCACUGGACAUUCCACUCCCCUCUUUUGUGGGUCCGUUUGUGCAUGAGAUGGAUGCUGGUGUUCUGUGCAGUCAGGUAGUCCUGUAAGGUGAGGUUGUCUGUCUUUUUUAAUACUCCCUUGCAAAUUGCAAUAAAAGCACUGCAAAAAUUCCAGCUGUUUUUGAAUAAGACAGCAAUGUCACAAAAUUGUUUGCAGUCUGUGAUAUACCACAGGAACAAUAGGAAUCGUUUAUACAUAGCUUGGAGUCUGGAUCCCCUUUCAGUAGUAUUAAGUGCAAAGUUUUUUAUAUCAUUGUGGAUGUCUAAGAAUUGUUUGAUACUUUAAAAUUGUCUUAAUGUUUGUGAUAUUUGUUGAAAGCAGGUGCAAUGCAGGUAUUUUUAUUAGAAUAAAUAAAUUUCUAAUAUUGUUGAUGGAAGUACUUUAUUCCCAAAUCAUUUUUCCAUAUCUCCUGGGAACACCAGCUUUACAUGGAAUGAAAAUGUCAAAUUCACAAAGUAUAUGUAUGCUGAUCAUUCAUUCAAUUUUGACUGAUUUAUACGCUUUGUCUUGGACCACCGUUAUAAUUUGUUUUAUAAUAAAGGGUUAUGUCCAUCACGGUUGAA